UUCCCCGAAAGUGAACGUACUUCCUGUUGAGCUCGCACCGGUUUAUUGCAGAAAAGAUGGAGUCUGAGAACGGUUCAGGCGCUAUCGCGGGGAGUGACAGCAUUGUUCCAGGUGUGGAUAAGGGAGCGGCACUUUUGCUUGUGAUUGGGGAACCCAGCACAGAAGAUGAGAAAACUCAAAUUUUAGGAGAGAUCACUCGAGCUUUCAAGUACUGGGGAUCAGAGGAUGUGGACAUCAAUGAGGAACUCUCAGGCAUCGCCAACCGGGCAGCGCUGGGAGAGGAGGGGAUCAAUGCAGUAUACCCUGUCGGACCGCACCAAGAUGGUGCUAGAGAGAGGGUCAUUCGCCACAGGUCUGAGAUGAUGGCGUCUGAAAUCCUGGUCAACCCCCAGCUACAGACCCUGACCGCAGCCCUGAAGAACUUCUUCAGCAUCGACAUGCCGUACAAGUACCUGGUGUUCGCUGGACCCUACAUGGAGGGCAGUGGGGCAUGGGUCCUACAGGAUGACAUCUUCUCCGUUUCCAAGGUCGUCAGUGUUCUGAAUGACCCCAAGCUCAAGGUCAAGAGUAAGAAGUUCUGUGUUCAAUGUCACCAGGAGGGAGAAUGGAAACAAGUUAAUCUCCUGAAAGUUGCUGGAUUUAAAGAUCACGGAUUUACUGUUACUCCGACAGAGACACAGACAAACCAUCAUGGAAUUAUCCAGUUUGCUGCUUACAUAUCAAAUUUUGUCAAACCCAUGACCAUAACUGAUUUAAUGAAAUCCACAGACCUAGUAGGAAGUUUAAAGUUCACUAGCCCCACCAUGUAUAUAUUCCCAGGUUGUGAAGGCGACUCGGCUCUAUUUGCCAUGAGAGAAUUCAACCUGCUUAUCAAUGGUGGAUUCCGCAGAAAGUCAUGCUUCUGGGACUUUGCUAGACACCUUGAAAGAAUAGACGCAAUGUUGAUUACCCACUUAGGCAUUGAUAAUGUAUUUGGUAUGUCUUCAUUACUACAAAGAAAAUCAGAAGGAAAAGUCAGCACUGACAUAGGAUAUGUUUACAUGAAUGCAUCUGAGAAGCCAGCCUCUCCGAAUGGUUUGAAACUGGCGAGUCUGAAAAUCAAUGUAGCUGAAGAGGGCACAGGCAUCGUAGAGGCAUGCAAGAAGAUUGGACUUGCUCCUCAUCCCUGCACAAGAGCCAACUCCAGUAGUCCACUAGCACCUGUCAACCUUUAUCAUAAAGUAGGACAUGGCACUUUGGAUAUGUAUGUUCUGAAUCCAGUCGCUGAUAGCAAAGAGUUGAAGGAAUUCUUACAACAAUGGCAGAAAAAUGGUGCAGAUUUUGGAAUUUCUCAAGGCAUGCCACUGCCAAACCUUGUGUCCAUUUGUGCUCUCUUAGUCUGGAAACCAGCUAAUCCCAGUGAAAAAAUCAUCAGAAUCUUAUUCCCUGGAAAUGCACCUCAGCACAAAAUUGCUGAGGGCCUAGAGAAAGUGAAACAUUUAGACUUUUUGAAAUUCCCUAGUUGCAGUGCUAAAGACUUGUCUUCAAAAGGAGCCGGGAAGAAACCACCAGCUGCAGCAACAAGACCAUCUUCUGGCAAACCUGCAGUAGGAAGACUCUCUCUUGAGGCUGGAAAAGCUGCAGCAAAACCCCCAAAUGAUACCAAAGCUGCUUCCUCUAAAUCUCUAAAUGGCCAAAGCAAAGCAAGACCUUCCACUGAUCAUAAAGCUCCACCAAAGUCUGUAAGUGACACCAAGGUGUCCAGUAAAGCUGAAGCAACUAAACCAGAGAAGAAAGAUGUCCAACGCUCCAAGUCAGACCUAAAUAAAACUGUAGACAAGCACAAAGCUAAACCCAUUGAAUCUCCAAAACAUACUGCACCGAAAGCAAAAGUAGAACCAAAAAAGACCUCUAAGCCUCCAGAGGAGAAGUCCUCCAAUAAAGGAACGCCUUCAAAGUCAACACCCAAAAAGGAUAUAAAACCAGUCGCUGAAUCUACUCCUAAAAAGGCUUCACCUGAGAAAGAAACCAGAAAGAGUCCAGUCAAAAACAAAACUGCUACUCCCACUAAACCGAAAACCCCUACAUCAGAGGCUUCUGCAAAACCUCCCGUUACAGCAGAGCCUGAUAAAAAAGAUGUCAAAGUCCCAAGUGAACCAGAGGUAGCAGCCACUGGAAAUCUUUUGGACUUUGAUCCAAUUUCUAAUGUUUCACAAGGGUUACCAACUGACAGUGGAGUCCCAGCACAGCAACAAAACCUAAUGGAUGAUCCAUUUUCCAUGAAGAAUAAUACUGUCCCAGAUGAGCAAGAUCUCAUCCAGCCUUCUGCACCAGUGGCAUUCUCUCAACAAGAGCCGGAUGUAAUCCCAGAAGCAUUUCCCAAUGACAUGGCUAAAUCAUUCAGCCAGCCAGAACAAGACCUGAUGGGAGAACCGGAUGUUGUUCCUCCCGGCCAGGUUGAUAAAUUUUCUGACAAUUUGAUGGAUGAUGAAGGUACAUCAGUUGAUGCAAUUAGUGCAGACAGAGCUCUACAGUCACCUGUGGAGCCAGCAGCUGCUACCAUGGAUGCACUGGACAAGGAAGAUGCAGAGGUGGAAGAUGGCGAGGACUCGGCUGAUGAGUUGGAUAGUCAAGGUGAUUCUGCAGAAGUGACGGCUGACCCAGAGAGUCAAGGUAGUCAGGAGGAUGCCAAACCAAUUGACAGAGAAGAGGAUGUUUCUCCAUUUGCAUUUGAAAACAAGGGUUUCACAGACCUUUCACAAAACCAAGAUGAAGGGGUAGAUGAAAUGUCGGAACAGACCAAUACAUCUGAAGAAAAAAGUGAGGCUGAAGAUAAAGGUGAAUCUGAAAAGGAUGACGAAUCUCAUGGUGGUGGUCCCCAGGAAGUCCCAGCAGAGGAUAAACCUUUCACUGAACCAGUCAUAUUUGACGAUGGAUUUCAUGAAAACGAAAAUAGCAUACAAAGGGAAAUCAAUUAUCAGGCCAAUGGAGCACCACUAGACAGUAUUCGAGAGGAAGAUGAUGCAGGCCAUGGAAGAAUGACUGAUUCCAUGGGAAUGGGUCUCAAUCCAUUUAACGGAUUAGACCAAGCUCAGAUAAAUCAACCUUCUUCAGAACAGAAACCUUUUGCUUCAGAUGACCCAUUCCAUGGACAGCUUAGUAUGGGUUAUCAACCUGCAAAAGACCCAGUUAGCAUGAGGCAAAUUCCUUGCCAGGAAGGAUAUGAAUUUGAUCCAUAUGGUGAAGGGGAAACCAAGAGUGAUAGUGGGGAAGAAGACGUCGGCGAAUUUGAUGCAGACAAAGAUUGGGGAAGACCUAUGGGAUUACCAUCCCCACCUCCACCUGAAGAAAAAGCAGAGGCUGAAGUAAAGAAGACUGAAAAAGUGGCCAAUGGAAAACACCCUAAGCCAGCAAGUUCAAGUAAAGAACCAGCCAAAAGUUCAAAUACAACAAAUAAGACAUCAACUAGCAGGGCUGCAACUUCCAAGUCUCUGACGGAAAAGAAGGGAGGUCUAAACACCACGAGAACAGAGAAGUUGAACACAUCUCGAACAGAAACAUCCUCCUCUACCACUUCCAAGCCCCGGCCGGCUAGUGCAACAGUGGGAGAGCCCAAAACUAAACCAGCCUCGAAGAGACCAGCCACUGCCACCGGCUCUACUCGUGCCUCUCCAUCAGCUACAAAGAUGCCAUCCAUGCCCGCCCUGCAUGCUUAUUACAUGGAUUUGGCCUACAUCCCUAACCAUGGCAAUCCUGCCACAUGUGAUGUGGAGUUUUUCAAGAGAGUCAGAGCUAAGCACUAUGUAUAUAGUUCCAUGAAUCCCAACACUCAAACCCUGAAUGCUCUCCUAGAUGCUAAGGCAUCAUGGCAGGAGCCAGACUUACAAGUCACACUGAUUCCCACCUACGAUACAGAUGUCCUCAGACAGUGGAUGGUGGAAAAGCAAGAGAGGUUGACAGAAUUAAAAGUUGAGGUAGCACCUUCUGCAAGCAGAUGUACAGUACAGCUCCAAGAGCAUGAGACCUGCUGUCUGGCCUAUAGGUUAGAACUGUGCAGUUGAAGAAAGAUUACAGAUGUGUAAUGAUGCAUGAAAUCGGUUGAUGACGAUGUAAGUGCAAGCUUCCUUAGUUGACUGUGCCUAAAUUCUCUGUGUGUGAAGUUUCAGCGGAACAUAAAAUGUUCCUUGUUUAUCAAGCACUUGUUAGUUGUGACAUGUUUCAUUGUAGUGCUUGCUUUGAUGGCCUUUUUCGUUACUUUUAUAUUUGAAUGCAGUGUAUGCUGUGGAGAUGAAAAGGCAGUGCGUAUGGUUUGUGUUGUGAUAAUUCUUCGUUAUAUUCAGAAAUGAUGGGUCCAUGUCAUUGAUUGAGAGUCAUAUAAUGGGUGUGAUACAAGACUUGUGAUUUUUUUCGUGUUGAUGCAAUAAUUCAUUUUCGCUUCCAUUUCUUUGAGUUUCAAGUGAAAAAUAAACUGCACAAGUAAAGGUCAGUCUCUGAGCUUCUGGUUGUUAAGCAAAUUAGUUUUUCAAUUUUGUUUUUAGUUUUUUUUGUUUUUUCUUGUAUUUGGAUUAUUUCUUAUUUGUUGGAAGAUGAAGCUUGUCAGAUAUGUAACGGAAUGUAUGAGUAAAAGAGAGUAAUACAUAACUUGUGUCUGCUGCAGUGCGAGUCCAAUUACCAUGUUUACAGUACAAAUGAUAUUUGUAGGUUUUGCCAUGUACAGACUGUGGAUUUUGUGAAAACUUAAUCCUGCUAACUUUGAUAUAGCACCUGACUGUUGUAACAUUAAUGUGACUCGGAGCAAUAUUUAAUUGUAAUGCAAAUAAGGUAAUUGUAAAAUGUGAGGUGAUUGUAAUGUAACAUGGUUUUGUUGUAAUGCAGUAUAUGACAUGCACAUCGGAGAUUAAUUACGUGGUGCAACUAAUAUUCUACUUAUCACUGUAGCGAAAAGUGGAGUUGUGAGGUGCAGAUUUUUAUUUGAACAAGGAUCAGACUGGUUCUUAAUUUACUUGUGGCUGCUGAAAUAAAUGUAUUAAAUUGUAUAUGUUGUAUUGUGAGGAAUGGGUUUUCUGCAAGAAAAAGACUGAAUUUGUUUGGUUUUCAAUAGGAUUUUUGUCAACAGAAUAAUAUAAAUCUAGUCAAGGAAAUACAAUAUCUAGUAAUCAGAAGUGUCGGUUUUCAGUACUUACUGUUUUUGUUGAGUGUAAAGAUAACCAGUGCACCUCGAAUGUCAAAGUUCAGAUAACCAGGAGGUGUUUUAUUAUCAUAUAAUGAGGGCUCUGUAAAUGCAUUAUAAGUUCAACAUAUUUCAAUCAUGGAUGAAAAUGUGUAUUAACCAAAGCAACAUCUGUAAUAAGUUGUGGCAAGUCACAAGGCUUGAUAUUGUGUCUUUGACAUGAAUUUUUUCAAGAAAAACAUUAGCUGGUGACUUACUACAUGUACCAUUAUUUUCAACAUGUAUAAAAGAUAACACCUUAUUUGAUGUAUUAAUACAUGUAGUUGUGAAUGAUAGUGCUAUGUUGUCGAUAUCUUUUCUCUUUUUUUUUACAUUUUGUAAAUUUUUAUUGUACGCAUAUUUAUAAAAUGUUUGUCAUUUUUUUCAUUCCUUAACCAUUUUUGUGCCAAUAUCUCACUGUGCAUUAAAGCAAAUAAAUCUGGCCUUCAUUUAAUAA